CCACACAGCAAGUAACGCGGAAAAAGCUAGCAGAGCGACUUUUCGGCACAGGAAAAGGCGCUUUAGAUAUCUUUCAUUUUAUGUCUUCACCGAAUGGCGCUUCUGAUAUAGAAAGGGGUGCUUUACAGGUUCAAGUAAGCCAUUAAAAUAUUUAUUGCAAAUUCAGUUCAGGAGACCAAGGACGUGAUGAACGAAUAGACGGCGGCUCAGCUUGCGGCUAUAUGCUAUAGGUUCUUGCAACCGUUAUUCUCAUAGAAAAGGACAUUAAGUAGAAAUUCACUGAGCAGCUUUCUACCUGGAAUCCUGACUGAUGAAGACAUGUCCUGACAUCCACCAGUGAUAACCUACUUCCCGCAGGUUGAAAGGUGAAACAAGAAUGUAACCUUAAAAUACGAAAUUAAUUGUUUGGUUAAUAAUUAGGACAGCGAGAGAUGUCCAGAAGUGUAGGCUAUGCUGUGGGAGACUCCCGGAAGUUCCGGGAGAGGUGGGAUGUUUGGCAUGUUGCCCCCUUCCAUGCAGUUCAUGUCGAUUGCAACAGGUUACGCAGCCGGCCCUCUCCAAAUGCGCUUAAAGUGCUCCGUGUUGACGCGUCUCUUUCUAAGGAUUUUGCUCCUAUAGAUCUUGGUGCCAUGGUAGAACACGGCGGACUGGAUAUUAUGUGCCUAAAUAAGUACUGUAACAGCUCAUCCUCGUCUUCCACGUCAGACGGAGAUAAGAACUUGUUGAAAAAGUUGAGAGUCCGUCUCACCGAAAAUUAUCCCCAGAAAAACGCAGAGGUUCUGAGUGCCCAGUACGGCACACAGUUGCUGCUGAUUGGGGUGGCAUUAAUGUUUGCUCUCGCUAACAGUGGACCAUCCGUUCACGAGGAGCACCUGCUGUCCUUCCUCACCACCCUCAUGAUUUUGCAGCUUUUAUGGAUGCUCUGGUACAUUGUGCGCAAGGACAGGCAGAGGAGUCUGGUAUCAGAGAAAGACGUGCAUGCUGGAACCAGCUGGAUAAGAGGGGGACUGUCACUACUGGCUUUGCUAUCGCUGAUUAUGGAUGCUUUCCGCAUUGGUUACUUUGUGGGAUAUCAAUCGUGCAUAUCCGCUGUGAUCGUCGUAUAUCCCAUCAUCCACGCGGUCCACACAAUAUCUCAGGUGUAUUUUCUGUGGUUUCACAUCAAAGAUGUCAUCAACAGAUACAAAACAUUUGAAAGAUUCGGCGUGAUUCACGCAGUCUUCACAAACCUCUUGUUGUGGUGCAACGGAGUCAUGUCAGAGUCGGAGCACUUCAUGAACAAUCACAACAGAAGGCUCUCAUCCCUCGGCUUCAUCAACCACUCCAUAGUGGAGUUUGAGCCUGACUGCAACUGCACCACUAGUGCUUGCACCAUGUUCUCCAGUGGCGUGUUCUACCUGUACCCAUUCAACAUCGAGUACCACAUCUUCGUUUCGGCCAUGCUCUUCGUCAUGUGGAAGAACAUCGGCCGCACCAUCGACCACCACACUAACCGCAAGAAGCCCACCACCCGGACCACCGGCCUCGUCCUGGGCCCCAUCUUCGGGCUGGUGGCCUUGGCCAGCACCAUCGGCAUCCUGGUGGUCUACACCAUCCACGUGGAGAAGUCGCUGUCCAUGCGCGAGUCCGCCAUCGUUAUGUUCUACUCCUACAGCAUCGCCAUGCUGGCGUUCAUGUGCGUGGCCGGCGCCACCGGCCUGCUUAUCUACCGGGCCGAGGGCCUGCCCAUGGACACGACCAAGAACCCGUCGCGGCAGCUCGACGCCGAGGUGCUGCUGGGCUCGUCGGUUGGCUCGUGGCUCAUGUCGUGGUGCAGCAUCGUGGCGGUGGCGGCGGCAGCGUCCGGCAGCGGUCCGAGCCUCCGCUGGUGCAACCUGGUCCACUCGCUGCUGGCCGUGCUGGAGAAGUAUGUGCAGAACCUCUUCAUCGUCGAGUCGCUGUACCGCAAGAGGUGCGAGGAGGCCGGGGAGCACGUCGAGGCCGGCGCUAACGGUGGGGGUGGCACCAGCACCGGCGGCGGAGUUGCGCCCGAGAUCUUCUCUGUGGCCGCCUCCAUGGGUCCGUUAUACGACGGCAUCAUCAACCGGGCCUACGACAACCAGUACCGGUGCUGCGGGGCGCUAGAGAGCGAGCCGGUGGAGAACGGCCAGGCGUACGGCUGCGGCCGGAAACCCUCAGAUGUGUCGCUGCCCGUCGGCCCGCGGCUGAAGGACAAGCCCAGCAAGAAGAGGCAAAUCCUCAAGAACAUUGCUGUCUUCCUCUUCAUGUGCAACAUCUCACUUUGGAUCCUCCCUGCAUUCGGCUGUCGCCCUCAGUACGACAGUGGACUGGAACAGGAGACCUUUGGCUUUGCCUUUUGGACCACAGUGCUCAACUUUGCCAUCCCCUUGAACCUCUUCUACAGAAUGCACUGUGUGGCCUCCCUCUUCGAAGUGUUCAGGAAAGUGUGAGGCAAAAUAUGAGGAGAUGGGUUAUCUAGUCUUCAGUGGAGCGCUGUAAAAGAGGGAGAAGGAGAUGAUCUGCACACUGUAUAUGGACUCCAAGAAAUACUUUAUUUACUCUAAAGCUCUGUAAAAGCGGCUCAUGGUAUCAAGUUCUCACGUAAGAAAUCAGGAUGAGUUGUGUUUCAGAAAUCAGCAUACAUGGUGCUCAGCAUCAUAAAAUUCUAUUGAAUUGUAUUUUAAAGCAGUGUACUGUUUUGGUAAACUGCAUAUAGAAAUCAUUAAUCUUUUUUAAAGAGAUUAAUUCAUUGGGAGCUUUGAUUGCUAUAGAGGGCUGGUAUCUUGGAAACUUUUCAGAGAAUGUAGAACCUUUGUUGUCAGUUAGUCACACAGUUUUCUGGUCAUUCUAGUGAAGUCAACAGUGUAUGGGUCAUUACUUGAACUUCAUGGUACAUUCCUGAAGUUGGCAAACAACUUCUUUCCAUUGAAAUCAUUUUACCGAGUAAACAAACAUUUUAAAAUUGUACAUAAGAUAGAACACAUUGAGUAUGGUAGAAUGAUUAGAAGUUGUUAUUUUUCUUAUUGUGCUACUGUAAAUGUAUGUAAUAACAUGGAUUAUGUUCUCAUGUGUAUGCUCUUUGUCUGGCUACACCGGGUGCAUUGAAAUGUUCUGUUCGCGGGGAAGGAAAAAAAUAAUUUAAGAAAACUGAUCUGAUUUUCAAAUGUGCACACCUCUAUCAUGUCUGGUGUAGCCAGUUCCAUUGAUUAUAGUGGAAGCUACUUCUUGUAGCUUGUGCUCUGAAAACAGAAUGCUUCAGUAGCAUGCUCGGUAUAGCCCAGCUUUAAGUCAAAAGAUUUACCAAAAAUAUGCAACUGGCCCUUUGGUCAUCUGUUGACCAAUUACUUACAUCAAAUGAUUUGAAUGAUGAGUUCAUUGCAGCUCAUUCUCUGUCGUUAUUUGUAUCCCUAUGACAAAUGACCGUAAGCCAGUCGUUUGGUGUGGCCCAUUUUCACUUGAAGCAUAAAGCAUUUCACAUCUCCAGGAAGCAGUGCCCUCAAUUAUCACCAAAACGCUCUUUCAAAUG